GCCAAAAAAUUCUGAUUCCGCUGAAGCGGUGGAGGCGAGUGCGUGUAAUUUAAUUUUCUAACUAUAAUAAUUGCGUUGCAAAUUAAGUGACGACAGUUUAGUGAUAUCCAUGUUGCCUAUAUUUAUUUAAUUAUAAAGUUUAAUUACUAAAUAAAUAAUAUUAUACAGAAGUCCCGCAACCAUGGCUCACUGUGUUAGAGUUUUGCAUGGCCAAGGUGGCAGGACACGGAUCGCACUCGUGGAAAUCCAGAAACGAUGCUUCAGCGUGUCACCCCUCACCGCCGCGGCGGCCCAGGUCGCUAUGUCCAAGUUCGACAAAUCUCCGCUGCCGUAUGAAAAAUUGAGCAAAACUUUGGAAGUUGUAAAGAAAAGGUUAGGUCGAGACAUGACCUUGUCGGAGAAAGUUUUGUAUUCUCACUUGGACAACCCCAAAGAACAGGAAAUUGAAAGAGGCACCAGCUACCUCCGCCUCCGCCCUGACAGAGUGGCCAUGCAGGAUGCCACAGCACAGAUGGCCAUGUUGCAGUUCAUCUCAUCAGGAUUGCCCACUGUUGCAGUACCCUCCACUAUCCACUGUGACCACUUGAUUGAGGCUCAGAUUGGUGGCGACAAAGAUUUAGCAAGAGCUAAGGACAUCAACAAAGAAGUCUACAAGUUCUUGGAGACCGCUGGUGCUAAAUAUGGAGUUGGUUUCUGGAAGCCAGGCUCUGGUAUCAUCCAUCAGAUCAUCCUGGAGAACUACGCGUUCCCUGGUCUGCUGAUGAUUGGUACUGACUCCCACACACCCAACGGAGGUGGUCUCGGUGGGCUGUGCAUUGGUGUUGGUGGUGCUGAUGCUGUUGACGUGAUGGCUGACAUUCCAUGGGAGUUGAAGUGCCCCAAAGUCAUCGGCGUCAAGCUUACUGGUAAGCUCAAAGGCUGGACCAGCCCCAAGGACGUGAUCCUCAAGGUUGCCGGCAUCCUGACAGUGAAGGGCGGCACGGGCGCCAUCGUGGAGUACCACGGGCCCGGCGUCGACUCCAUCUCCUGCACCGGCAUGGCGACCAUCUGCAACAUGGGCGCUGAGAUCGGAGCCACCACUAGCGUAUUCCCGUUCAACGACCGCAUGGCCGCGUACCUCAAGUCCACCGGACGACACGACAUCGCCAACGCCGCCAACACGUACAAGAACCUGCUGACUCCUGACCCGAAAGCGCCUUACGAUCAGCUUAUCGAAAUCGACCUGUCAACCCUGGAGCCCCACGUGAACGGCCCCUUCACCCCGGACCUCGCGAACCCCAUCUCGAAGCUCGGCGAGGCGGCCAAGAAGCACGACUGGCCCGUCGACAUCCGCGUCGGCCUCAUCGGCUCCUGCACCAACUCCUCGUACGAGGACAUGGGGCGCUGCGCCAGCAUCGUCAAAGAGGCGCUCGGGCACGGCGUGAAGUCCAAGAUCCCCUUCAACGUGACCCCCGGCUCGGAGCAGGUGCGCGCCACCAUCGAGCGCGACGGCAUCGCGCAGACCCUGCGGGAGUUCGGCGGCACGGUGCUAGCGAACGCGUGCGGCCCCUGUAUCGGCCAGUGGGACCGCAAGGACGUGAAGAAGGGCGAGAAGAACACCAUCGUGACGUCAUACAACCGCAACUUCACGGGCCGCAACGACGCCAACCCCGCCACGCACUGCUUCGUCACCAGCCCCGAGCUCGUCACCGCUCUGUCUUUGGCUGGUCGGCUGGACUUCAACCCGGUGACGGACGAGCUGACGGGCAAGGACGGCAAGAAGUUCAAGCUGUCCGACCCGUUCGCGGACGAGCUGCCCGCCAAGGGCUUCGACCCCGGCCAGGACACAUACGAGCACCCGCCUGCUGACGGCUCCAAGGUGAAAGUGGAUGUGGCGCCAACGUCAGACCGCCUGCAACUGCUGGAGCCAUUCGACAAGUGGAACGGCAAGGAUCUGACGGACCUGACCAUCCUCAUCAAGGUGAAGGGCAAGUGCACCACCGACCACAUCUCCGCCGCCGGCCCGUGGCUCAAGUACCGCGGACAUCUUGACAACAUCUCCAAUAACAUGUUUAUCACCGCCACGAACGCCGAGAACGGCGAGCUGAACAAAGUGAAGAACCAGGUGUCGGGCGAGUGGGGACCCGUGCCCGCCACCGCGCGCGCGUACAAGGCCAAGGGCGUGAGCUGGUGCGUGGUGGGCGACGAGAACUACGGCGAGGGCUCCAGCCGCGAGCACGCCGCGCUCGAGCCGCGCCACCUCGGCGGCAGGGCCAUCAUCGUCAAGUCCUUCGCCAGAAUCCACGAGACCAACCUCAAGAAGCAGGGCCUGUUGCCGCUGACGUUCGCCAACGCGUCCGACUACGACAAGAUCCAGCCCACGGACAAGAUCUCGCUGCUCGGCCUCAAGGACCUCGCUCCGGGAAAACAAGUGGACUGUGAGAUCAAGCACAAAGAUGGCAAAACUGAACGUAUCAAGCUCAACCACUCACUGAACGAACAACAAAUCUCUUGGUUCAAAGCAGGCUCCGCCCUCAACAGAAUGAAGGAAAUCGCUUCCGGAAAGUGAACAUCACUAUGGCUAAAUAGAGUAGGCGAAAUGAGUUCUUAAUUAUUGUACCAUAGACAAUUUUUUUUUUUCGUUUUUGUUACCAUGUAUUUUUAAUAUGUAAUCACGUCUUUUAUAAAAUGAACCAGUAUUGUUUAUGAGCCAUUUUAUGUUUAGUGAUUUACGACUGGCAACACUUAGCUAUGCCAGUGAGUCAGUUUUUUUAGUUCAAACUUAUUUAUAUAGUGCAUUUUUGAUAAUAAUUGUAACGUGUAACACCAGACAAUACUUGUUCGAGGCGCGGUGAUGAAUCUUAUAGCGUAGAUCAUUUUAUAGAUGAAAUUAGAAAUUAAGUUUUAAACUUUUUUUCGACUUAAACCAGUAAUUAAGUGAAAUUGUUUUAUUAUUAUACUAUUUAUGUACAUAAUGUUAAAAACAAACUUAAUAAAAAUUACGUACGUAUAA